AUGUUCCCCUGCUUCCAUGGCAGUCUGGAGAACGUUCUUCACCGCCGAGACACGUACUUAGGCCUCUACGCCUUGCUUCGACCCGCCCGCCGGCAGCUCACAUACACCAACCGCAAGCUAGCCAUCGGACAACCCUGGACGCGAGAGGAAGACGCUAUUCUCACCCACCUGCGAUCGCAGCACCAGUCUUGGGAAGACAUCCUUCCAUCUCUGCCCUCCAGAGACACAACGGCCGCGCUGCAGCUCCGCUGGGGCAAGAUAGCGCCUCGCGAUGAACACGGCCGGCUUCUACAGCCAUUUGUCUCCCGAUUCAGCCCCGAGGACGACGACCGACUGCGAGAACUCCGUCAAAAGCGCAUGAAAUAUGACGUGAUAAGUCCCAACAUGCCAUCUCCAAAAGGAACGACGGCGUUGAAGGAUCGCUAUCGGACAGCGUUGCAGCCGCGGAUGAAGCUAGGGCAGGAGAGCAAGGGUUUCCAACGCUGGACGCCGACGGAAGUCGCGCGCCUGUUGCACCUGCGAGGUGUGAAGCACAUGCCAUGGGGCCAGAUUGCAGCGGAGUUGCGCCGGAGUGCGCGGUCUGUUCAGUCAUUGUACGAAGCCCGGACGCGUGGGCGCAAGGAUCGACCCACGGUGCCACGCUUUGGAGGAUGGACGUCGGCAGAGGACGAGCAGCUGAUUCGACUAUGGCGACAGUUGUUGCCCGAUCGGAGUAUCGCCAUCCACUUUCCUGAGCGCACCUUCUCCGCCGUUCGACAGCGUCUCUUUACAUUACGGAAGAAGUUGGGCUUAAAGCCACGUCAACGGCAACAUCAUCAAGCCUGA